GCGAUCCAAAACACCCACCCAAAAGCACCCCUCCCUCCAGAUUCUCUUCUCUGCUUACAUAUAAACGCCCUUUCCAUCUCUCUCUCUCUCUCUCUCUCUCUAUAUACAUAUACUUAUAUCUACACAGUACACACACAUGGCGACUUCUCUUCUCCUCUCGAAUCCUUUCUCUUCCCUCGCUCACCUUCCUCGUAAAUCCAACACAGUUCUCUGUAAAUCUACCUCUAUUUUCACUCUUGCUAUACCCACGAAAACCUCCAAUUCACAAUUUUUAAACAAUACACAGUUGACUUCACAAACCCUGGGAAGGUACCGGAAAAUUCUCGCCGGCGCUUCUGCAGGAGAAACUGAUGGUAAAGUUUCAAUAUCGGGAACCGAAGAGGUUCUUGUUGGCGAGGAUUCAGCGGAAUUCGAUUUGGCCAAGCAGAAGAUUUCUUCUUGGGUUUAUUUCACAGGAGUUUUAGGAAUUGUACUGUUUAUACUUGAUGUGGCUUGGAUUGACAACUCUUCUGGCUUCGGACACAUAUUUAUUGAUGCUGUUUCGAGCUUAUCAGAAAGCCACGAGGUAGUAAUGUUGAUCCUUACUCUAGUUUUUGCCAUUGUCCACAGUGGCCUGGCUAGUCUCAGAGAUGGAGGUGAGAAACUCAUAGGAGAACGUGCCUUCCGAGUUUUGUUUGCAGGGACAUCUCUUCCAUUGGCUGUCAGUACUGUUGUGUACUUCAUUAACCACAGAUAUGAUGGGAUGCAGUUAUGGCAGCUCCAGAGUGUUCCUGGGAUACAUCAACUAGUGUGGUUCUCUAAUUUUAUUUCCUUCUUUUUCCUUUACCCUUCAACCUUUAAUUUAUUAGAGGUAGCAGCUGUCGACAAACCUAAAAUGCAUCUUUGGGAAACCGGAAUUAUGAGAAUUACCAGGCACCCGCAGAUGGCCGGACAGGUGAUAUGGUGCCUAGCUCACACACUCUGGAUCGGCAACUCUGUAGCAGUGGCAGCAUCCAUUGGCCUAAUUGGACACCAUCUAUUUGGUGUCUGGAAUGGAGAUAGGAGGUUGGCCAUACGAUAUGGUGAAGCUUUUGAGGCUGUGAAGAGCCGAACAAGUGUCAUUCCAUUUGCAGCUAUCCUUGAUGGUCGUCAGGAGUUGCCCAGAGAUUACUAUAAGGAAUUUAUUCGAUUGCCAUAUGUAUCAAUCACUGCUUUGACUCUAGGCGCAUACUUUGCUCACCCACUUAUGCAGGCUGCCAGUUUUCGGCUUCAUUGGUAAAAAAGUCCCCCUCUCUUAUCAAAAUGAAGUACACUAGUUCCUAUUGUCUAGGUAUAGUGAUAUGUAUCAAGGUUUUAUACACUAUGUUCUGUAGCAAAAUGUACAUCUUGGUCAAAAUCACACUUUAGUAGCAAACACAGAUGAUAGAAAUGUUGUUGUCCAUUGUUUUUAUAUUCAGACAUAGAGCUUGGUGAAAGGCUUUUUCUUUGAAUGAGCAGCAAACUAAUCGUCAGAUACAAGCAUAUCAAUUAGUUUAA